UGAUUUUCGACGGCGUGUUGUCGUGUGCGUUGCAUUCUGAUUCUGCGGUUCUUCAAUCCUAUUUGUUUCAGUCCAGCAAAAAUACAAAAAUUAACACAGCUCAGCGACAAAAACAACAAAAGCAAAGCGAAGAAGCUGCAGGCAACAACAAAAGAAGCGGCAACAACAUCAAUAGCGGCAGCAGCUCCCCGCACACACAACUGAAUGGUUGUGGGUGUGUGAGUGUGUGUAUGCGUGUGUGAAGGAGCCUUUUAAUAAACACACACACUUGUGUAUUUUUUUCUGUGAGCCACAAGAGAUUUAAGUGCAUUUUUUGCCAUUUGCUUCGCUUUUGCUUUGCCCCCCACGCCAAUAAGAAGAGAAGAUAAAGCGAGAGAAAAAGGAGCCCACGGAAAAAAACAACUAUUAAACAGGCUUCUCAACGUAUAAAAGCAGUGCAGUCGACGUCGACUGCAUUGGGCCAACGGUGUUGCAGUCGCGGCGUUUGUUGUUCUUGUUGCAGCAUCAGAGAUAUAUACAGGGAGGAAGAGUGAGCGAGAUAGCGGGAGAGACAAAAAAAAACUUAGACGAAAAGUAAAGCGGACGCACCUGGUGUUAGAGUACAAAAAUCUUAAACCCAAAUCGCCACAAAAUCCUUGCUGUGCAUUCCAAAAAGAGGAAAGUGUAAAGAGUGAGAGACAUCGUCAAAAUGGAAAUUGAAUCGAAUAAUAAACGUGCCACCAACGGCGGCCGCCACUCUACUCCGCCGGCUGAGUCCGAUUCCAAGGAAAGUUCUGUGGAACGGGAGCUGAACGGUGAAAUUGAGGCGGUGGAAUUAAAUGGCAGUGGUGGCCAUUCGAACGGGCAUAUCAAGAAGCCACUGCCCGUGGAGGAUGGCAGGAUUAAGCGUAAGGCCAAGCGCCUUAUCCAAAGACAGAAUAGCGGUUCGGGCGGUAGUCCAAAUCAAACCAAUGGCAAUGGAUCAACUUCCGGAGCCAGUGCAUCGCCAUUAGCCAUCAACGGCAUAUUACCCUCGCCCGGUGGCUAUGUGGUGCCCCAUCGUCGGUGGAAGAACAGUCGUCGCUCGAGGAACUUCAAUCGUAACAGGGGAUUACCCAAGAAGGGAGGUGGAGGUGGCAAGGGCGUCUGGGGAUUGCCUGGUUCAGAAGCAUUGGCCGAAGUGUAUGAGGACGAGAAUGAUCCGAACUAUGAUAGUGAAUGCAACGAUCGCAAUGUAGAGUUGCGCGAGGUAAUCACGGAGAUAACACCCGAGGAAUUCUUUAAAAUGGCCGAGCCCAUUGUCUUGGAGUACUAUGAGCACGGGGAUACGCAUGAAGUGGCCCGUAGCUUCGAUGAGAUACUGCAGGGACCGUUGCGUGAGCGGGUUACCAGCAUUGUCGUUGAGAUCGCGAUGGAUCACAAGGAUUCACAGCGCGAGAUGACCUCGGUGCUGAUCUCCGAUCUGUAUGGUCGAGUUAUUACCGGCAAGGAUAUUGAGAAGGGCUUCAACUUGCUGUUGGCCAAUCUGCCGGAUCUCAUUCUGGACACUCCUGAGGCGCCCAUUAUGCUGGGCAACUUUAUGGCGCGCGCCGUGGCCGAUGACUGCAUUCCGCCCAAGUUUGUGGUAAAAACUGAGGAAGAACUAUUGAGUCUUAAGCUUGGCGAACAUGCCGAACAGGCACUCCGUCGUGCCGACUCUCUACUCCAUAAGCAGGUGUGGGCCCAUUUGGACAAUGUUUGGGGCAUGGGUGGACCAUUGCGUCCGGUUAAGACUAUUACCAAGCAAAUGGAGUUGCUGCUCAAGGAGUACAUAUCCUCGCGCGAUGUGGCCGAGGCGCAGCGCUGUCUCCGCGCCCUCGAGGUGCCUCAUUAUCAUCACGAGCUCAUCUAUGAAGCAAUUGUCAUGACACUGGAGUCCCUUAACCAGACCACCGAGGAGGCCAUGUGCGAGCUGCUGAAGCAGCUAGAUCUCACCUGCGUGGUGCUGCCCGCGGGCAUGGAGCAGGGUUUCAUGCGCGUCUUUGAUGACAUGGCGGACAUCGUUUUGGAUGUACCAUUGGCCUAUAUAAUACUCGAUCGUUUUGUUGAACGCUGCAAUCGCGCCGGAUUCCUAACCGACAAGAUUAUAAACAAUGUGCCAUCGCGCGGACGCAAGCGUUUUGUUUCGGAGGGCGAUGGCGGUCAUGUGAAGCCGGCUACCUUGUCACUGCGCGAUUAAAUCGGAACUAUGACAAGGAACUUAUAUGCUUCAUAUGCUUAUAUAACAACUCCAAACCCAAGGACACCUAGAGAAGAAGCAACAACAAGAAAACAACAAACAAAACACCAAAUUACAAAAAGGAAAAUCCAGAGGAAUGCUAAGAAUAACAAAAAUUUAAUAAGAAGAGACGAAAUGGAGAAUUUGUCGCAAAAAAACUUGAUAAAAAUGACAGAUACUGACCCUUAAGAAAAUCCCGAAACAACGGUCACAUACACACAAAACAAAAAAAACAACAAACAAUCAAUCGGAAUCUGAUCUCCGUAUAAACUAUAUUCAUUAUUAUAAAAAAAACCUACAUAAACACCUACAACGUAUAUCUUACCUACCUACAUGUAACUUUAAAAAAAACGUAAUGCGAAGGAGUAUAUAUUUUAAAGAUUUGUAAAAACAAGAUAAGUGAAAAGAUCACAACAAAAAAAUGAAAAAUGAGAGAAUCCAGCCAGAGAACCGUGGAUACCAAGGAGCAACGAUGCAGCAUUCGAUGUUGAUUUUCUUUCGAUUGGGAUCGCGCAUAUGAUAAAGGAGAAAGAUACAGCAGCGUACUUAGCACGCUGUCAUUAUGCCACUUGAAAGCAAAGCAUAUUACUUAUACGAAACUGUUAUACACACACUCUCUUUGUACACCCCCCACCCCCCAAAAAAAUCGGUUAAUGAAAAUAAUGUUUAACCAAUCACUGUUAUACAGCCAAUACACAAGAACACACACAAAUUCCAUUCAUUUGUAAUACAGCAGAAACAUAUUUGAUUAUUCCCUAAGCUCACACUAUCGUCACGAUUGAUUUCCUUAAUUUUUUUUGUAACUUUGUGUGUUAUAAGACUAACAUAAUUAAGCUUAGUUUUAUAUAUUUACAUACAUUUACCAACGGAUUCAUCUUUUUCUCGCUUGCAUCUUUUUUUUUUUGGAUUGAAUAAACGUUGCAUUUUAUAAUAUAA